AUUAUUGAUGCGCUCCCCGGCAUUGACUUGAAACUCAUAAUUAUGGAAUCUUUUCACACAGCUAAUCUUUCGUAAAUUGUUUUAUAGAAGAAGCAUCAUCUCAAUAUUAAAAGUUAAACAAUUUUGUCUGUUCUUUUGCUACAUAUUCCUUAAAUUCAGGCAUAUUCAGCUUCAUUUUCCGGGAGGAAACGAAUCUUACAACUAAAAAGAUAUCCACUUCCAGCUUCCAUCCCUCGCCGGAGAAACUAAAAUGGCCGAGCCGUCGCCGCCGGUUCGUUUCGGGAUAUUAGGAUGUGCUAGUAUAGCUCGCAAAGUUGCCCGAGCCAUAAGGCUGGCUCCCAACGCCACUAUUGUAGCCAUCGGGAGCCGGUCAAUGGAGAAAGCGGUCGGCUUCGCCAAGGAAAACGGCUUCCCGGCUACGGCUAAAGUUUACGGGAGCUACGACGCCGUCCUGGACGACGAAGAAGUGGAUGCAGUUUACGUACCUCUGCCGACGAGCCUGCACGUGGAGUGGGCGGUCCGGGCGGCUCAGAAGAAGAAGCACGUGCUUUUGGAGAAGCCGGUGGCGCUGAAUGUGAAGGAGCUGGAUUCGAUACUGGCGGCUUGUGAAUCCAGUGGGGUGCAGUUCAUGGAUGGUACUAUGUGGAUGCAUCAUCCCAGAACGGCCGAGAUGAAGGAAGUUCUCUCCGAUUCUCAGCAGUUCGGUCAAAUUAAAGCGGUGCACAACAUUUUGUCAUUUGCCGGAGGCCCUGAAUUCCUCAAAAACGACAUUCGAGUAAAACCAGAUCUUGAUUCACUCGGAGCUCUAGGUGAUUUGGGCUGGUACUGCAUUCGAGCGAUUUUGUGGGCAUUUGAUUAUGAACUCCCUAAAACCGUGACCGCCAUUGCCGAUCCAGAAGUAAAUGACUCAGGGGUGAUUUUAUCUUGUGGUGCAUCACUAAAAUGGGAAGAAGGUGGGAAAUUAGCCACUUUUUAUUGCUCUUUCCUGACAACCUUAACUAUGGACCUUACGGUUCUUGGAACAGAAGGAAACCUUCACGUCCAUGAUUACGUCGUACCCAUGAACGAAAAUGAUGCCACCUUUCAUUUGAAUCGGAUCUCUCAGAUCGGACAAUACGGGGCAGGUAACCCAGUGUCGAGCGACCGGGUUAUCACGACCGAUCUUCCUCAGGAAGCAAUAAUGGUGAAGGAAUUUUGUGAAUUGGUUGAUGGGAUUAUAAGAAAUGGUGCAAAACCUGAAAACAAAUGGGCAGAUAUCAGUAGAAAGACACAAAUUGUUGUGGAUGCUGUUAAAGCUUCUAUUGACAAGGGGUUUCAAGCCAUUGAAGUUGUGUAUUAGCUAGUAUCUACUUUGGAAAAAGAGGACAAAGACAGAGAUGUCACCAUUAUCAUAUAUUAUUUCUGUUCUAAGAAAAUAAUCGGUAUUGACUUUUCAUAUUUAUAUUGUUUUUAGGAAAAAUUUUAAAAUUUAAUGUGAAUUUUCUUUUUGAACAAAGAGAAUACGUUAUUGCUUAGUAUUACAUGUACCAUAAAGAGAAAUAGAAAGAAGAUUGAUCAGGAAAAGGCAAUUCUUCUCUGCCGUUCUUGCUUCGUUUGGGUUUGUUAAAUACACAUUUACAGGGGA